AUGAACAUCAUCUACUCAACUGUCAAUAGCCUGCGCGACAGGUACACACCUGCCAGCCACACCUCCACAUUUCGGAAGACUGGCGAAAUCACACCCGAGGAGUUCCUUGCGGCAGGAGAUUACCUGGUUUAUAAGUUCCCUUCUUGGUCCUGGGCAGAUGCCGAGACACCGAGCAAACGUGUCAGCUAUCUCCCCCCCGGCAAACAGUACUUGGUGACGCGCCAUGUACCCUGCCAUCGUCGUUUGAAUGAAGAUUUUGCAGGCGAUGCAGGACAUGAAGAAGCUGUGGUGGAAGGUGGCAAAAACGCAGACGAUGAUGGCUGGCUGCGAACCGGCGGCCUGACAAGCUCACAGCCGCUCAAGGUCAAGGAGGUAAGGACAGUGGACGAUGCGGGAAAUGUCGGCGACAGAGAAAUUGUUGAGGAGGAAGAUGAUAUUCCCGAUAUGGAAGAUGAGGACGACAAUGAGGCAAUCAUUAAAGAUGCCGAUGGAGACGGCAAGAGCAGCGGACGGCGAACCUACAACCUCUACAUCGUGUACUCACCGUGGUACAAGACACCGCGGAUGUACAUGUCUGGAUAUCUUCCGAAUGGGCAACCGCUGCCACCGCAUCUCAUGAUGGACGAUAUCGUGGGAGAUUAUAAGGACAAGACAGUCACAUUGGAGGACUUCCCUUUCUUUGCCAACAGUGUCAAGAUGGCCAGCAUACACCCGUGCAGGCACGCAUCCGUUAUGAAGACGCUUCUUGAUCGAGCUGACGCUGCUCUCAAGCUCCGGAGAGAGCGCCAAAAAGCCGGACUUCCCUCCGACAGCGCUCAGGGUUUAGAGAACCAGAUCGAGAGCCUUGAUAUCAGCAAUCGAGAUGCAGCCGGCGACAACAGCGACGAUUGGGAGGAAGUGCAGCACGAUGUUGCAGAUCAAGACGUGGCUAUUCGCGUGGAUCAGUACCUGGUUGUGUUUUUGAAGUUUAUGGCCAGUGUUACCCCUGGCAUUGAACAUGACUUUACGAUGGGAGUGUAG